AUGACCAACAACCAUUGGACAAUGUAUUUUAAUGGGUCCAGUACUGAGUUUUCAGCAGGAGCUGGUGUUGUCGUUGAAACACCUGAAGGACAAAAGUUCCAGUUUGCCUUCCAAUUAGACUUUACAUGCACAAACAAUCAGGCAGAAUAUGAGGCUCUUAUUGUUGGCUCGGAGAUUCUCCAAGAGAUGGGGGCACGACGAGUUCUGGUGUUCGGAGAUUCUCUACUUGUCAUCAACCAGUUGAAUAAGGAGUUCAAAUGCACAAGUUGGGGACUUUUAUCUUAUCACGCUUUAGCUGACCAGCUCGCCAACACGUUCGACAGAAUCUCUUUCGCCCAACUCCCAAAGGGACAGAACAUGGAGGCCAAUGAGAUGGCCCAAUUAGCUUCAGGGUUACGGAUCUCCGAAGGAGACAACUCCCGAGUCAUCAAGAUUUUCAAAUGA